AUGACAGUGUACAAGAGCAAGCGCCAUCAUUACCGUAUCAGCAAUAUAGACAUAUUAAUUAUUGAUGCUAAAGAGCUGUUCUUGAUUUUAAUGUUUUCCGUAAUUGUGAUUUCCAACCAGCUGUAUGCCAACGAAUCUGUAGCGGAGCAUGUGGGCUUCGCUCGGGUCUUCAUCGAUCUGCUCAACGAGAACGACAACAGGCCUGUAUUCAGUCAAGCGCUGUAUAACAUCAGCUUACUGGAGAGCACGGCAACUGGAACCUCACUACUGAGGAUACAAGCCACAGAUAAUGAUUUUGGCACCUUUGGUGUAGUGCGCUACUUCUUCAGUGAUGAGCCUGACCAAUUCUCACUGGACCCUGAGACGGGCUGGGUGACACUCAGGGGUCGUCUAGAUUACGAGUUGACGCGUCGCUACACCCUGACGGUCUUGGCUCGUGACGGAGGCGGAGAAGAGACCACAGGACGUCUCCGUGUCAACGUGAUGGACGUGAAUGACAACGCUCCUGUCUUUCAGAAGGACACUUAUUCUGGUUCACUGAUGGAAAACCAGCAAGUUGCUCAACAAGUGGCCAGAGCGAGGGCGACUGAUGAAGACUCUCCUCCUAACAACGUCUUGACGUACUCCAUCGUCUACGCCUCUCAGUUCCGCAGUUUUUUCAGCAUCACCAUGGUGGAGGGCUACGCAGUGAUCACAGUGAACAGACCUCUAGACUACGAACAGGUUCCUGGUGGAAUGAUCUACCUGACACUGAUGGCCAGAGACGGAGGAGAUCCGGCUUUAAACAGCACCGUACCCAUCACCGUGGAGCUGUUUGAUGAGAACGACAAUCCUCCCGAGUUCAGCCAAUCCUCCUACAUUGUACGGAUCUCCGAGAACAUGGUAGCAGGGGCGACCGUGUUAUUUGUGACGGCGACAGAUUUGGAUGCAUCCAGAGAAUUUGGCCAGGCCUCUCUCAUCUACUCACUGCAGGGCCCUUCUGAGUUCAGACUGAACACACGCUCAGGGGAGAUCACCACCACAGCUCUGUUGGAUCGUGAGGUGAAGUCUGAAUACAUUCUCAUCGUGCGAGCUGUAGAUGGAGGGGUGGGGCCUCUGCAGAAAACUGGCAUCGCCACGGUUAACAUCACCGUCCUGGAUAUAAAUGACAACGCCCCCAUGUGGCAGGAUGAGCCGUAUCUCGCUAACGUUGUGGAAAUGAGUCCGAUCAACACUGAUGUCAUCUCUAUCCUGGCCCUGGAUGCUGAUAAUGGAGAGAACGGGACAGUUGUGUACAGUAUUAGUCCAGCAAACCCCUAUUACAUCAUCAACAACAGAACCGGGAAGAUCCGAACCAGUGGCGCAGUGCUGGACAGAGAAAGCGUGGAUCCCCGAGCUGCCCAGCUCAUGAGGACCAUCAUCAUCUCAGCCACUGAUCGUGGAAGCCCACCACUGCGCUCCUCAGCCAGUGCCACAGUCUUCGUCAAUCUGCUGGAUCUGAACGACAACGAUCCCACCUUCCUCAACCUGCCGUUCAUCGCCGAGGUGCCGGAGGGUCUUCCUACCGACUCGUCUGUCUUCAGGGUGCAGGUACAGGACCCAGACGAAGCAGAGAAUGGGGCCGUGACAUUGGCUCUGCAGAUGGGCAUACCCCGUCUGGACUUCCGGCUCAACAGCAGUACAGGUGUGCUGUUUUCCACAGCUGUACUGGACCGUGAGCGGAUCUCACAGUACCAGCUGCGGCUAGUGGCGUUCGAUGCAGGGCAGUUCCCGCGCACCUCAACCAGCACCCUCACCAUCACGGUGUUGGACAUGAAUGAUGAGACUCCUACGUUUUUCCCACGUGUGUACAACAUGUCUGUGUUGGAAAGCGUUCCCCGGGAUUUCGUGGUCGCACGGCUCAACUGUUCUGAUAAUGAUGCUGGUCUCAAUGCUGAACUCAGCUAUUUCAUCACAGGUGGAAAUCAGGAUGGGAAAUUCAGUGUGGGCUUCAGGAACGGUGUGGUGCGCACUGUGGUGGAUCUUGACCGAGAAACACAAGCCUCGUACACACUCGUCAUCGAAGCUAUCGAUAACGGUCCAGCUGGGGACAGAAAAACAGGAACAGCUACUGUCUAUGUAGAAGUGCUGGAUGUCAAUGACAACAGACCCAUCUUCCUUCAGAACAGCUACGAGACUACCAUUCUGGAGAACGUCCCGAGAGGAACCAGUGUACUACAGGUCCAGGCCACAGACGCAGACCAGGGAGAAAAUGGCAGGGUUCUAUACCGAAUUCUUUCGGGUAACAGCGGCGGUCAGUUCAGUAUUGACCUUCUGUCUGGCCUGAUCACCCGAGGACAGCGAGCUCUGGACAGAGAGACUAGCAGCUCACACCUGCUGGAGGUGGAGGCGUACAACAGUGACCAGGGCAGCAUGCGCAGCUCUGUCAGGGUGAUAGUAUAUGUGGAGGAUGUGAAUGAUGAGCGUCCCGUCUUCACCCAGCAGCAGUAUAACAGACUCGGCCUGAGAGAAACAGCCGGAAUCGGCACCUCUGUGAUUGUGGUCCGAGCCACUGACCCAGACACAGGUGAUGGAGGUGCCGUAUCCUACGCCCUCAUCUCAGGUUCAGACCGUAAAUUUGAGGUGGACAUUAGUACAGGACUAGUGACCACCGUGGAUUAUCUAGACUAUGAGACCAAGACCAGCUACCUAAUGAAUGUGUCAGCUACAGACCAAGCUCCUCCCUUUAAUCGGGCCUUCUGCACUGUAUAUGUCACUCUGCUGAAUGAGCUGGACGAGGCCGUGGCCUUCCUUAUGGCUGGGUACGAAGUGCCCCUGAGGGAAAACAUAGCCCGUGGAACCGAAGUGGUCCAAGUACGAGCUCAGUCGGCGGAUAAUCUGAAUCAGCUGACGUACCGCUUCGAUCCCGAUACAUCGCCCGCAGCUCUCGCGCUCUUCAAGAUCGAUGCUGUCACGGGUCGAAUCACAGUAACUGGUCUGAUAGACAGAGAGAAGGGUGACUCCUACACUCUCACAGUGGUUGCUGAUGAUGGAGGGCCUAAAAGAGGAUCCACUGUGGUAAACUUCUGUAAUCUUCUAGAACUUCUGUAAUCUAAAUGUAUCAGAACUUGAAAUAAACAUUACACGUCUAACCAAAAUGCUUACUUAUUUUUUCCCCCCAACAUAUUGUG